AUGGUUGUUGCAUGUGCAGGUGCUGCCCACUCAACCAUAUUAGCCCUGGUUGCAGCAACCCAACAAAGCCACGGGCGAGUUAUCUGCAUUCUUAGCAGCAAACAGGACCACCAUCUGUCUAAGACAACUCUGGGCAUAAAUGUAGGUCAUGUCGAAUUUGUAACUGGAGAUGUUAAAAAUUUCCUUAUAAACUAUUACAAGGAAGCAGAUUUUGUUGCCAUUGAUUGUAAUCUUGAAAAUUAUGAGGCGAUUAUCUGCUCGAUUCACGAAAACACAAGACCAAACAAUACAAUUGUUGUAAGAUAUAACGCAUUUUGCAAAGAAUCAUGGAGGAAUAGCCCUUUGUGUAGUGAAUUGCUGCCAAUAGGAGAAGGCUUGCUAUUAACGAGAAUAGGAGCUAAAAGGAAUAGGAAUGGUUCUGGUUUGAAAAUGAGAGGGAAUUGGAUUGUGAAGGUGGAUAAAUGCACGGGUGAAGAGCAUGUAUUCAGGGUCGGAUCUUCUGUUGGGAGAGUCAUUAGAGCCUGA